AUGAUACCCUCACGUGAUUCAGUCAGUCGAGCUGGAUUAGACGAUGUUUACGAAAGUGUGCUUCACAACAUAAAGAUCCACAUAUUAACGGAUAAUGCAUUUCAACUAGCAAUCACUUUCCGUUUGUGGACAGACAGCUAUAGACGUCUCAAUUAUAUUACUUUUACAUUGCACUACCUGACUGACGACUUUGAGCUGAAAACUUUCACGCUUAAAACUGAACUAAUGGAAGGUGUUAAGAGUGGAGAAAAGAUACAGAAAGCAGUAAACGAAACAAAAAAAGAGUUUGCAAUCACUGACAAGAAGCUUUGCAGUGUAACCGACGCAGGAACUAAUGUAAAACGGGCACUUACAUUGGCGAAUAUUGAUCACAAUCUUGUCAUUGUAGAUGAGAUAAAAAAACUGCAGAAAUUUUAA